AUGAAGCUCCCCGCGAUCUUCCUCCUUGCUCUCAUAGGCUUCGUCGAGAUCGCCUCAGGCGCCGCUAUCACUGGUGUUUCCGACGAUCUCACCGGAUCUGCCGUCACCGGAGACUGUCACAACGGCGACGAGAAGUGCUCCAUCCUCCCGAUCAUCCUCCUCGGCCGCCACUCCAUCAAGCGCUGCAUCAACCACAACUGGGUCGACCACGAGAUCUGCAACGCCGGGGUUAUCUGUAUCGCAGACCCUUCACCUCACUGUACCCUCGCUACCAUCAACGGUGAGAUCGCUGACAAAGACAAGACCUCUGCUGUCGCCGCCAACGAGAUUUCAUCCAGACAACAGGUCUGUCUUGAAGGGACUCUGCAGUGCGCUUACCUCGACCCGAUCAAGCGGCACAUCAUUCAACGCUGCUAUGGCCGCAAGUGGGUUAACACCAAGGUCUGCGAAGCCACCGAGACCUGUAUCGGCGGUGACGCGCCCCAGUGCGUCGCUCAGACCGUUCUGGCUCGCGACGAAGACGUCGACGAGAACAUCGACGAAGACGUCAACGAGAACACUGACGAAGACAACAUCGACGCCGACCUCGCCCACAAGUCCGACCUCCCCUGCACAAAAUUGACUAACAUCGCCGUAGAACCAUAA